UUAUACUAGCAACACACGAACAAAGUGCUACGUGAUAAAAUGGCGGCUGUCGUGUUUCUUUUCAUGACCUCAUAAAAUCUAUUUUUUUAACACUAUUCAAGUGGAAAAUAUAGUUUUAAACAACAAUUUCUAAAUACAUAAGUGACGGUUUUAAUUAUUUAAUCUCAAAAAAGGCCUUCAUAUCCUAAUUGUAAGAGUGCAAUGUCUGAAGAGACAGAGCGCCAUGGCGAAGCGGCGUGUGAUAGCAACGCAGGAGGCGGUGGCGGCACGAAAGAGACGCGAGUGUUAUUGACCCCUCAUCAGCUCGACGCUGCCUCUGCCGACUCCCUUCGGUCCGCGUGGAGAACCCAGGACUUGUACAUUGGCCACCUUGAGACUUUGAACAAACAAUUGGAAGGAAGCUUGGAAAAGGCGAAAGAGAUAGAAGAUAGGAUCAAGCAGCAAUAUGCAGAGUCACAACACAGGGAAAAAGUGCUUGUAAGGCGUUUAGCAGCCAAGGAGCAGGAGAUUCAAGAUUACGUUAGUCAGAUAACGGAACUAAAAUCGUCACAUGCCAGUCUCAACGGGCGGCCUACGCUUUUAGAUCCCGCAGUCAACGUCCUUAUACUCCGGCUGAAGCAAGAAUUGACCUCGACAAAAGCAAGGUUGGAAGAAACGCAAAACGAGUUGGCAGCGUGGAAAUUCACGCCCGAUUCGAAUACGGGAAAAAAGUUGAUGGCAAAGUGUAGAUUGUUACACCAGGAAAAUGAAGACUUAGGUCGCAUGACCUCGAGUGGACGAAUAGCCAAGUUAGAAGGUGAUCUUGCCUUACAAAAGAAUUUAAGUGAAGAAGUAAAGAAGUCACAAUCAGAGCUUGACGACUUCCUCCAAGAGCUGGACGAGGACGUGGAGGGCAUGCAAAGUACAGUACUGUUCCUACAGCAAGAAUUGCGAGCUACCCACGCCACAGUGAACGGCAACAGGCCCGCCUCGCCCGACAAACGGCCCUACUCCGGCAGCGAAGCCAGCGACACGCCCAGAAACAAACGAAGAAGGCCCUCCGUCCUCUCCCUUGACUACAACGAGGAUGAAGAACCCCUCACAAUGAUCAGAAUAUCUAAUGGGAACCCCAACAACAAAGCAUUCCUAAUAACAGCAGGACUCCACGCCCGGGAAUGGGUUGCUAUCACAUCGGCUCUGUACAUAGCUAACGAAAUUAUCAACAAUUUCGAUAACCAACCCCAUUACGUUAAAGAUUUGGAUUGGUAUAUAGUGCCACUUCUUAAUCCUGACGGCUAUGUAUACUCCCAGACCAUCGACCGGUUUUGGCGAAAAAAUCGACGAAAGUUUGGCAUUUGUUACGGUGUCGAUAUUAACAGGAACUUCGACAUAGACUGGAACGUGCACGGUAUGACUGAAUUGAAUGUAUGUAGCGAGUCGUACUCCGGCCCAAAAGCGUUUUCAGAGUCAGAAAGUAUAACUUUACAUGACUUCUUAAAACGUCUACCGAAGAUACCGUCAGCAUUAGUAGACAUCCACUCCUAUGGGCAACAAAUACUUUAUCCAUGGUGUGCUCGCACCGUAGAAACAGUGAACUCUGACUUGCAUAAAUCUACCGCCGCAGGGAUGGUUGAGUCAAUAUACAGGGUAGACCAAAAGCUCUACAAGCAUGGCCCAGCAUACCAUUUAAUGUACCCAGCGCCAGGGGCCGCCUUAGACUGGGCUUACAAGAUGGGUGUAAACCAUUCCUAUGCAAUUGAAGCCAGAGACAAAGGAACCUACGGUUUUCUUCUUCCGCCAGCCCAAAUUUUGGACACUGGAAAGGAACUGUUUGAAGGUGUAACUUACUUAGCCAGCGUUCUCCAUCCAAAGUAUAAAAAACAACCCUCGUCUUGGCUUUGA